AUACUCACAAUUCUUUGUCAACUCUUACCUAAGCUUCAAGCUCUAGACUCUAUCUAUACACUCACUUGUCUUUUUCUUUCUUUCACAUACUUUAAUAAAUAUACUACAAAAUUUUGCUUUACUUCCCAUAAAACUUUGAACAUCAAACAUAGCAAAAACCUCUCAGUUUAAAAACCAUUUCAAUUAACAAUGAAAUUCAUCCAAACUACUCAAAUUUUGGAUAUUCCAGAGGGAGUAACUGUCUCAAUUAAGGCAAGGUUAAUUAAAAUCGUUGGUCCUAGAGGUUCGUUGACUAAAAAUUUAUCACAUAUUGAUGUUAGUUUCGAAAAAGUUAAUCAACGUCAAAUUAAGAUUAUUAUUCAUAAUGGUGAUAGAAAACACGUUGCAGCUUUAAGAACAGUGAGAUCAUUGGUUUCAAACAUGGUUAUCGGUGUAACAAAAGGAUAUAGAUAUAAAAUGAGAUAUGUUUAUGCCCAUUUUCCAAUUAAUAUUAACACUGUCACAAAAGAUGGUCAAGAAUUUGUUGAAAUUAGGAAUUAUUUGGGUGAGAAACAAAUCCGAGAAGUCAAAGUUCGUGAGGGAGUUAGCGUUGAAAUCUCUUCAACUCAAAAGGAUGAGUUGAUUUUAACUGGAAAUUCUGUUGAAAAUGUUUCUCAAACUUGUGCUGAUAUCCAGCAAAUUUGUCGUGCUAAAAAUAAGGAUAUUCGAAAGUUUUUAGAUGGUGUUUAUGUCUCUGAGCGUGGUAUUAUUGAGGAUGAGUAUUAAAAGUCUGAUCGAUAAUUAAAUAUAUUGCUUAAAAUGAAAUAGAGUAAAAUAACAUAAAGUAAGAAUUGAGCAAAAAUAAGAUAAUAAAUAAUGUAAUAAUCGAUUUUAUAUCCGGGACUGUAAGAGGUAAGU